UAGUCCUUUUUUCUUGUUGUGUUUCUGUUACAUACUCAUCGCCAUCUUGUUGCAAACCCUUUUCUUGUCUGGAAGAUUCGCAGGGGAUCGGGGUGGGGGGUGGUCUGAUUCGGCAUUUUUACCGGGGAGAAGACAAGGAGAAGGAAAUCCGUUUUUUUUUUUUUUUUUUUGGUUUUUUUUUUUAAAGUCUCCAGGAUUUUGGAUCCUCCACUGAAAGGCAACCCAAGCGAUGAGCAUUGAGACGCUUUUGGAAGCGGCCAGAUUUCUGGAAUGGCAAGCCCAGCAACAACAGAAAACACGUGAAGAAAAUGAAAAGCACGAAAAGCUCCGCCUAGAAAGAGAACAGGAGCAGAAGAAGGCCAGCGUACAAAAGGUUAACAAUGCCUUUCACCCAGAGGACCCAAGGAACAAAAUCCCAGCAGUGCCCAUCUCGCCCCCUGCACCAGCUCCUCCUCCUCCUCUGCCGCCACCCCUAGCAGCCCCCCUAUCAGUCAUUCCCAUCCCCGUGGUCACUAGCUCACCUCAGCAAGCAGCCCAAACCACUCUGUCCCCUCCGCUCAUACAACGCCACCAGCCUCUCAUAAGCACUCCCAGCAUCAGUAAGGAAGUGUCAUCAGUUGCACCUGUUAUACAGAGACCAUCUGGCCCACUUCUUCCAGACGUCAAGGCUGCUACGCCCCCUUCAGGUAGCCCCAAGCAGUUACAGCAGUAUGCAGCUCCAGUACUGGCCAUCUCUCAGCAUCACCUGGUUCAGCAGCCAAUACAGCCCCAGCCUCAACCACAUCAACCUCUGCAGCAGCACCAGGCACCGCCGCAGCAGCUCAAUGCUCUUAAGCUGGCCCCGGCAGAAGAUGCCAAACCAAACGAGCAGAAGAAGAGACCUGGAGGGGUUGGGACCAGGGAAGUACAUAAUAAAUUGGAGAAGAACAGACGUGCACAUUUGAAAGAAUGCUUUGAGACGUUAAAACGCAACAUCCCCAGUGUCGAUGACAAGAAGACCUCAAACCUCAGCGUUCUAAGGAGUGCCUUGCGAUACAUCCAGACUUUAAAGAGAAAGGAGAAGGAAUAUGAACACGAGAUGGAGCGGCUGGCAAGGGAGAAGAUCGCUACCCAGCAGCGACUGGCCGAACUGAAGAACGAGUUGAGCCAGUGGAUGGACAUCCUGGAAAUUGACAGGAUUAUUCGACAGACAGUUCAGCCAGAGGAUGACCAGGCAUCUACCUCGACUGCAUCAGAGGGCGAAGACAACAUUGACGAAGACAUGGAAGACGACAGGCCCGUGAACUCAUUACCAAAACUAACCCAGCGCCAGCACCCCGAGCUACUGAAGGCUGUCCCUCCGAAUGCUGCUUCCCACCACCCGGCAGUCUUGCCUCAGCACCUGCCUCUGCAUCAGAAACAAACUCCACCCCACGCGCCGCCGCCCCUCCAGACCCAGGCACUGGUCCAGCCGCAGGCGAUCGUCCCCGCACAGACUCACAUCGUGGCGGCUUCGACGGUGCAAUCGACUGUUAUCGCCCACACCGCCACCACCCAUGCGUCGGUCAUCCAGACUGUCAAUCACGUGAUUCAGGGUCCACAGACCAAGCACAUCGCUCACAUAGCACCUUCCACGUCCAGCCCCGUGCAACUCACCACUGCUGCUCAGCCUAUCGGCCACAUCACUGUGCACCCGGCAACCAUAAAUCACAUGACCCACCUCGGCCAGCAGUUACCCAUUUAUCCUCAGCCUGUGGCCGUCAGCCAACCGGUUGUGAGUCACAUCGCUCACACCAUUUCUCACCAGCAAGUGAAUGGAACCACAAACCUAGGCCAGCAAGCGGUGAUGGCCAAACCUGCUGUAGGAACCCAAGUUGUCCACCAUCAACAGUUAGUUGGGCAAACAGUGCUAAACCCGGUAACUAUGGUCACCAUGCCAUCAUUCCCUGUGAGCACGCUGAAGCUGGCCUAGAACAGGAAGCCCACUGGCAAAGUCUUUGGCAGGCCACCUUUCCUGAAACUCCAUACAUUCCAACCACGUCCGAUUCCAAGGGAGAACAGUGCAGGAACUCUGUGAACAGGGGAAGAGUGACACACCUAAGGUUGGGACUGCCAAGUCCAUCCUUAAUCUUUUAAUAACCAACCUGGAAGUGGUAAUGAGAAACGGGGGGCUUCUCGGCACUUGAAUUUCGCUAAUCAGAGAAAACUUUAAUGACAGUUGUUCAUAGUGAUUUUUUUUCCUUUUACGUGUAAUCAGUGAAAUAUGAAUAUGAUGUUCUUAAGACUUUAAUUUUUCCCUUUCAUGUGUUGCUUCUUUGUAGAGUAAAAAAGGCUGAUCUCUUUAUUGAGACAUUGCGUAGAAUGGGAAAAAAAUCAUAGACGUCUAUAUUUAUAUGUAUAUGUAUCUGCCCAAAGCUACAUAUAUAUAAAUAAAUAUAACAGCGGAGAAGGCCUUUGGCAAGGUUGAUUGUUUGCAGGAUUAAUAGACAACUUAAAUGUUAAUUUUUGGAGGAAGAAAGCAGAGUGUCCUCUUUAAAAAAAGAAACUUUAAAGACAGAUGGUUUAGUGGACCAGGGUACAAAUAUUUGAUGACAAAUUAAAAAAAAACAUGUUAAAGGUAUUUCCCUUCAGUAUAUUACAUUUCAGUAAACCAUCUGAAAUCACUGUGACUUGUUAUGGCAUAUAAGGAAAUUCUCUGUCCUGUUUAAUAAAAGGAAAAAGAAUACACAACCGGACUUCAUUUGUUGGAAUUUCAUAAAUGGCUCAAUUUUUACAGCUUUGUUAAAAGAAAAUUUCAUAUUUGUUAUUUUCAUGGUUUAAAAAUAUGUUUUGUUUUGGGGUUGUUUUUUUUCUAACGCAAUAAUUGAUUUCACAGAACUCUCUGUGCACAGCUCUAUCAAUUUCAAGAUUCCUCACCCCAGUCCCAUUCCCUAAAAGGGUUUUGACAGAGGCAGUUAUUUAGAACUAGUGGCUUUGCAAUAUAUUUCGCCAGUUGGGUGGAAUGGAACCUGGGACGAGAAAGCUGCCAAAAAUGAGGUUGAUUUGUGGAGUUUUUUUCCUGAACGUGACCACAUUUUAGUGCAGGAUAGUGAACGGAUUAGAAAAUGGAUAAAUAUGCAUGUGAAAUGCUCCCAGGGGCAAGAGCUUUUAAAAAAAAAUCAAAUGAAAUGGAAUUUAAUUUUGUAUAAGAUAACAGUGUAUUCCAGUAAAUCAGAAUAUAGAACCUGACAGUGUGUCUUACAAAAUACAGUGAAAUCUGAUUAAAGAGCAACCCCCUUCUUAUCUAAAGUGACUACUUUAAAGUAUCCCAAGGUUUCUGGUACAAUUUUGUUCCAUCUUUUGUGGUGGCGGAACCAGAUCCCACUGAAGUCAGUGGCAAAAUUCCUAUUGACUUCAGGGAGACACAGAUUUUCUACAGGUACUUGCCAUUCUCUUCAGUGAUUGCUUAAGACAUGUUUAAUUAUCCAUUGUUUGAAUCUUCUGUUCCUUGUCCCACUUCCCAUGUCGUACUAUUGCUAAUGUUCUCCUUUUUCUUCUUUUUUGAUCUGUAAUCCUGAUGCAGGCAAAACUCCCGCUGCACCGAGGGGAAGUUUUGCACGUGUCAGGACCAGGGGAUGGUGGUCCCUAUGCCAACAACUGUCCUUUCUUAUCAUGUUACUGUCUGGAAAUGGCUAGUAGUGGGAGUAAAGGUGCAAUUAACUCAACCUCCUUUGGAAGUGACACCAACCCAGACCAGGAUGUAAGGUGUGUGUUGACUAGUCAAGUGAUCGGAUACCUUCACCACCCUAGCCACUUAACGUGCAAAUUUAUUUCCGAGUUGAGAUCUUUUUGACCGUAGUUGUGCAAAACUCCCAUUCACUUCAAUGGGAUUUUCACCAGCGUAAGGACUGCAGGAUUUGACUCUCUGGCAUCAUCAGAGUCAGAUCGUUACUAUAGGGUUGUUUAAGUUUAACUUGAGAAUCUACCCCUGCACCACACUACAAUUGGAACUGUUAGAAGGCGUGGUUGCUGCUAGCAGAGAUCUAACACAGUUUCCCUUGCCCGUGUAGACAAGGAUAUUUCUCCUAAGAAUUGUAAUAGGCUCGUGUUUAUAAAACCUUGCAUGAAGUGAGGAGCACAGUUGUUAGGGGAAAUAAUCCCUGUUCACAAUGGCAUUAGCAUGUAGCCUGUCAGUUACAAAGCAGUCAGAUCUUAAAGUGAAUUAGGCCCUAUCCCCAAACCACCUUUAUACAAAUUUAUUCCUAGUCACGACUAAUGUACUGUUAACAUUGUGGAGGUAACAGAAUUGCUCCUUUAUGCAUUCAGAUGCUUUCUCAGUAAGGUUGUAUUUCUUGUGUGAGUUGGAGCCUUUGAUGGACCUCAGCGGAGAUCUAGAGUUAGCCAGCAGGACAGCGACUUUUCAUGAGAGAGCCUCAAAAGCCUGGAAUAUGUGUGGCAGGGUUGCCUGCCUGUUAGGAAUAACUGUGUGGCUUUGUCUCUUGAACCUAUUGAGGGGCAAAGGGGGAAUAGAGCUCCCACCUGCCCUUUGCACAGGUCCAAGUGGUGGAUCUCUAAAGGAUAACAAAAGCAAACCAGGGAAGUCCCAAUUCUUGCCGACGAAGGCUACGUUUUUCAAAAGACAAGAGGCUCCGAUCCAAGGACUAGAGCUCAUUUGCACAUGGUUACUGCGAUGACACAUACAAAUUGCCAGCUAGGACAAAUGUGGCCAGUGAGUCCUUUGAGCAGGGUUGAGGGCACCCCGGACCCCACAGGAUUGGACCCACAAUUAUCAAUAUUUGCAGGAAAUUACAGUAAUGGCAUAUGCAACUUUGAGUGCUCUUGCACACAUAUUUUUGCAUGUGGAUCUGCUGUCUCUGUGUUGGAAAAUAUGGCCCAGGGGGUGCGCCUGAGAGCCUUUCGUAAAACACCCUGGAUAACUAACAGUGAAAUAGACACACAGUUACUCCUAAAAACACCGACCCUCCAACACGGAGUUUUCUCUAGUGAAAAGUUGAGGUGAAAAGGAAGUGCUGCUUUCAUUUUACACAGGGAAGUACAUUUUCUUGUGGGUUCUUUAAUGGCUUUUAUUGCAUGGGCGUGUCAUCUUGCCGGCCUUCGAAUCUUCUUCUCCUUCUGUCUGUAGAUUAAAAUGGGGUGGUGACUGUAGGAGUGAUGAUGGGUAACACCCCCGUUUCACUUCCUGUAAUUUAGUUCUGAUGGACGUCCCCUUCAAUGAUGUUAACUAGCCCCAUUACAAGUAAGGCUCCUCUCAUCUGGCCAGACCUGAGCCAGUCAACUAGUCUGGGGCUAUGUCUAUGUUAGCAGCACUUUUGUCGGCAAAACUUUUGUUGGUUAAGGGUGCGAAAAAAACACCCCAACUGACAUAAGUUUCACUGACAAAAGCGCUGGUGUGGACAGUGGGUACAACUGUACUGUUGUAAGAUCUGUAGUGCAGAUCUAACCUGGACAUCCUGGACCAACUCAUUCACGUUCUCCGUGACAAUCCGAAAUAUCUUCUUUGUUGGGUUUUGUUUUUUUCCAAAUCAACAAUUUUCUUUCUGUCCUAGGGUGGGAAUCCCAACCCCAACUCCUCUGCCAUCAACUCUGCCAUUCCCAUUGAAAAACUUCAGAGUCACUCAAAUGCUUCUUAGAAAUCAAGUUCAGUACUGUAUCACAAGGGGCACUUUAGAAAUGUCUCUCCUCCUCUGAGAUGUGUGUUUUCCCUAUGGAGAAAGCUAUAUAUAAAUAAAUAUAUAUCUAUAUAUCUAUAUCUGUACACUUUGGGCUUCAGAAAAUCAAUAUGUCCCAAAUUAAAUAAACAAAUAAAUAUGAAGUUUACAAGAAAUCUCUUCUGUUGUUGAAUAAUAUUAGUUACUGGUAAUCCUACCACAGAGAAGGCAGUAAAAAAUGGGUUUCCUGGGCAGACGGCUGCUGUCAUUUAAGACCUGAUUCAAAGCCCAUGGAAGUCAGGGGAAAGGUUUUCAUUGACUUCAGUGGUCUUUGGAUCAAGCACUUGAACUGCAGUGUUUCCUGACACUGCAGCCUUUAUACAAGCCAUAGUGCAUAUACAACACUAUGUGCAGUGUAGGAUGCACUCCAAGAUAGGGUACUGAGAACAAGCAAUCAGAAGGUCAGUCAGUUUCAGUCUCUUGUUUCAAGUUAAUUUCUAAAACUAACCUGCUGUAUAGGCAACAUCUAAAUGCCGUCCAGCAGGAAUAAAAACAAACUAGCUUUAAAAAAUCACAUGUGCUCAAAAAAAAAAACAAAAAAAACCCCAUCUUGCAGCUGACAUAUUAAAUAUGGGGUAUGAUCCUCACCUCACAUAGAUGUAAAUCCAGAGCGGAGCUCAACCAGUCUGAGAUUAGAAUCUGGUCCCAUUUUCCAGCCUUGUGCACCUUGUGUAAUCCCUUAUACUUUUGUGAAGUGGGUGUAAAGUGUUCCCAUUCUGGUUUGGGAGUGGUCUACACCCACUCUGCAUUAACAUUGCGCAGGGCUGAAUGACGACACACAGAGCAAAACAUUGGAGAAUCAGGCCCACUGGUGCCUGGUGUACCGUGAUUCAUGAUAGCAAACACACACACAGAGUACCCUGUUCUUAAAGGCAUUGCUGUUGUCCAAGCUGGUGUUUGCUAGGCCCUGAUUUCUCCCUUUCAUAACCUAGAAAUUGCUGGGGCUUUUAAAAACAGACCAAAGCUGCAUCUGUAGCUUUAAAAUAAUAAUAAUAAAUAAUCACUUUUACCUGAUGUCAAACUAAAGAAAAAAAGAUAGCGGGAGACUGGCUGGAAUUUUUAAAGGCUAAGUCACAUAGAAGCAGAAGUCCUAAUGACUUUCAGUAGGACUUCUGCUCCUAAGUCACUUAGGCAUUUAUGAAAAAAGCACCCAGGAUACACACGCAAUAUAGUGUGUGUUGGGGACAUGUGUUGGCUGCAAAAUAUCUUUCGUUUACUCAGAUUGGAGUGAGGGGCUUAAUUCUGCCACCUUUAGUCGAGUAGCACUUUCUCAUGCAUGUAGAUAUUAAUGGCAGUGUUGGUAGAAGUAUUGCUCAGUGUGACUAAAGGUUGUGGAAUCAGUCUCCGGUAGAAAAACUUUCCUCGUCAGUUCAUGAAUUCAGAGCUCAUGAACUUGAGUUACUACAAUUCAGAUGGUUCUUGCUAAUUUAUGGCCAGAUCCUGAAGUUUUGACUCAUGCCUUUCUCAGAUAAAACUCAAUAAAGACUGAGAAGAGACAUCCAGAUUUAGGACCUGAUCAUGCGGUCACAUGCUACCAGUUGUAGUGCUUAAUACCACUCAAGCUCCUAGUUAUAAUGGCUAUGCCUGGUAGCACAGCAGCCUUGGGCUCCGCUCCGGCACCAGAGGGAGAGCAGACAAACUGCUGCAUCCAGAUGGAGUGCUCCAUGUGGGGACCAGCAGCCCGCCUGCACAUUGUCAAUUGCACAAUCAGGGCGUCAGCGUGCUUCAGACGGGCAUAUGAUGAGUGCAGCUUUUACAUCAGCGUUUCCAAAGUGAAAACCUCUUGCAACCUGCACUGCUAUAGGAAACAAAAAGAACUCGUUUUAUGUGAGGCUAAGUCAGACCAUUUGCUUUAACUUUCCUUUUUAAACCAGGCCUUUUUUUCCCUCUUGUGUUGAAUUUGUAAGCAGACAGAGCAAGAGAAGGAAUUUUAAUGACUAACAAUCUGCAGGGCAGGUAGUGUCUGUUUGUUUGAGCCUGGCUAUUGAACAUAUUAGGUAGAUUUGAAAGCUAGUUGUGACCAAAAAGUUUCUUGUACGUUUUACUAUAAUAUAAACAAAGAUAAUCAUUACUUAUAAAGGCUUUUAUGAAGACCACCCAUAUAGAAGGAAUCAAAUACAGCAUUUGUGUUUUCCAACAGGCCCCUAAAGUGAUUAAGAUGAGGCUUUGGUUUUUGGGUGGGGAAUUAUCUGCUUAAACAUAACCCAUCCCCUUUCUGUGUCCGGCAUUCAGUCUGCAAUGAGAUCCUCUCUUUGCUCAAUCAUUGGUGAUUUCAUUUCUCCAAAGCAAUAAACCCACAGCAGGGGAUGGUGCUUGUGCAGUGGGGCGGGGCUUACUGAGGUCAGAGUCCUAUGGAGUAAAUUGCAUUGCUUGUUAAUGUCACAGGUGAGCUAUUCCUUGAAAUCCCUCCUGCUGUGCUCAUGUCAGAAUACAGCAGUCGUUCACUGUCCAUUUGGGACCUAGUAUUUCCCAUCCACGAUGAGAGUUUGAAGUGCUCAAGGAGUGCCAGAUUGGGGCCCUUAACAAUAUAAGGGACACCCACAGGGACAAUAAUUGGAGUAUAAACUCUGUAUUCCAGCUGAAUUACAAUUUAGAGGGGAAAAGACUGGCAAUAUAGCUACAUAAUUGUGUAUAUUUCUCUCUACGUAUACAUGUGAGCUGUGUGUGCCUACGUAAUGUGUGCAAGUGUGUACGUAUACACCGAUGGGACCGAACCAAAACCUCAGACCUAAACUCUGUCAAACUUUGGGGAAAAUCAGAUCUGGACCUCCAAUUUUGUGUCCAGGCCUCAUCUUGAGCGUGUGUGUGUGUGUGUGUGUAUUGCUGUGUUCUAAUUAAAUGCAGGUUAUCCAAUGAAAAGUACAGUUUGGUACUAAAUUCUCUGUGGUAAGACUUUAGGCUGAUAAUGGAAAAUGCUAAAUAAAACCACAUACUGCUGUUAGCAGCUGCAGGCCGCCAGGUUAUAUUAGUCCAUCAUUGACAUCCAAAUGUUUGAAGAGCCUUAAAUCUUCCUUGAAGGGAAAUGUAAAUUGGGAAGAAAACAGAGCUUUUUGGGGGCCGUUUUUUGUUUGUUUGUCUACAAGGGUCCUGUUGGGUGGGAAGGGAAAAACCAGUAGCAUAUUAUUCUAGUUAUUCAGGGUUUGAUCCUGCAUCAUUCAAGCCAGUGGGAGUUUUGCCAGUGUCCCCAGUAAAAGCAGGAUCAAGCUUGCAUAGCGCAGGGACAAAGGGAGGUUAAUUCUUAUUUUUCUUUUCUUUUUUUUUCCUCUUUCCCCCACCAUAGAAUCUGAUGGACAUGAUGUUCCAUCUGCAACUGCUUCUACUUACUACUUGUGUACAAUUUAUCCAGGUGAAUUAGUGGGAAACUUAACAACCAGUUACGAUUUAGUUUAUUAUUGUGUCAGAAAAAUAGCAGGUCCAAAGAUCAGACGGGCUGUUGGAUUCUAGUGUUGGACUAUUUGUCUUUCUGUUGUUGUGUUUUGGGGUUUGUUUGGGGGGAGGGGGGGUUGUAUUAAAAGUGGCCUUUCGUAACAAAAAUAAAAAUAAAUAAAAUAAAAUGCCUUUGAGUGGGUUAGAUGGAGGUGAGACUAUAUUGCUGCUUUUGUCGAUGUUGGUGUGAUUGUCUGUUUGCACGCCUGUUUAUAAACGUAGAGAAGUUCAAGCAAAGAUUUUCUUGUGUCUCUGAUUUUUGUAUGUAGCCUGUGUCUCUUUUGGACUGAUCUGCAUCCUGAGUGAAAUUUUUGCAUUUAAAAAAAAAAAAAAAAGUGUGACAAUUGU